AUGAAUUUUGUUGAUAAAUUUGAUGAAAAUCUGAAUUUGUACAAAAUAAACAGGAAAUCAAAAAAAUGGUGGCACAGGAUAUUCUUCUACUUUCUCGAUGCAGCAGUAGUAAACGCUUUCGUUUUAUAUAAAGAACUUCAUUCGCCAAAAAUAUCCAUGAAAGAGUUUAGAAGAAGCUUAUCCCAAGGACUAGUUGCAGACCUGGUUAUAAAAAACAAAAGGAAAGCUUAUAGCUGUGGAGAAACAGUUGCUAAAAAACAGUUUAAGCCAUUCAUUCCCCUAGAAAUUAGGCACAACCAAAGUUCCCAUCAACCGGAAAGAGAUUCUCGGCGGCGAUGUGCAAAAUGCAGUACAUCAAAACAGCAAGUUCGUACCAACUGGAUAUGUUCGGUUUGUCGAGUUCCUCUCUAUCUGGGGGCAAACAAGACAUGCUUCUAG